AUGGUUUUUUUAUCUAAAAAGAAUGAAAGGUACUACCUACUUCCUGAAGAACAUGAGCCUGAUCCAUAUCGCUCUUGCAAAAGUAAAAACUUUAUUCCAAAAGUUGUGUUUAUGGCUGCUGUUGCUCGUCCUCGAUUUGAUGAAAAUAGAAUUGAGCUAUUUUCUGGAAAAAUAGGUAUUUUUCCAUUUGUAGUUAAGGAACCAGCUAAGCGGAAUAGCAAAAAUCGAACAGCAGGAACUCUCAAAACAAAACUCAUUCUAUCAGUAACUAAAGAUAUCACUAGGGCUUGUUUGAUUGAGAAAGUUCUUCCUGCCAUUAGAUCAAAAUGGCCAGCUUCGGAUUCAAACAUUCCUAUCUUUAUACAACAAGAUAAUGCAAGACCACAUAUGGAAUUUGUUGAAGCUGCCCAAAAAGAUGGAUUCGACAUUAGACUAUGUUUUCAACCACCUAACAACCCUGAUUUAAAUGUGUUGGACCUUGGAUUUUUUAGAGCAAUCCAAUCUCUUCAAUAUCAAAAGGAUCCUUCAAAUGUUGAUGAAUUAGUGGAAGUAGUGGAAAGAUCUUUUGAUGAAAUGAAGGUUGAACAACUCAACCAUGUAUUUCUUACUUUACAAUCUUGUAUGAUUGAGGUGAUGAAAGAUAAUGGAGGCAACAACUACAAAGUGCCCCAUUUGAACAAAAACAGAUUAGAAAGAGAAGACAAUCUUCCUCUUCAACUUUGUUGUGAUAUUGGUAUUGUCAAUCAUGUUUCAACUUUACUUCAACAAUGA